AUUUCUUUUUGGCAUUGUUUAGUGUUUAUUUUGGAAAGCACCAACGACUGUAAGAAGGCGUCCGCACCACCUUUUGGCAUCCUCUUCCUUCUUCCCAAUUCAAUACACGCAUGGUAUCUCUCUCUCUCUCUCUCGAUUCUUUACUCUGUAGAUUUUACACGCUGCGUCUAUAUUACAGGUUGAUAAUUUUAAAAAAAAAAUAAAAAAUAGUGGGAUAGGGGAGAAAUGCUGUAUCAGUUGAACAAGCUCAGAAUGCUGCUGUUUUUUUAGGGUUUGUUGCUAAAAGUAGGAUUGGCAAUUGUUUGGGUACCCAUUAAUGGUGGGUUUAAUUUGUGCGGUAUCUAGUGAGGUAAAGUCUCAACCUUUAGCAUGUUCUCUGAACCUCUGUCAAAGUACACUUCCCUUAUACCCUUCUUGUUAUCACAAUCAAUGAGUUGGUAAAUAAAAAUAUCCACUUUCUGUUUCUGCACUUCUUUUCUCCAAUUUAAUUUCAAGGCUUGUGAUUUUUGCUUUGUGGGACUGAAAAAAGUGUUUCAUUUUGGGUUAAUGAGCCAAGAAUUAAUGGCCUGUUCUAUAAAUAGUACAGCAAUUUAGAGAGCCAUCCAUGAUGGUCUUCUUAGAAUUCCCAUUUUAAAAUGUCUUGGGUUCAGUACCAGAAAGAUGGAGUUUUGAAGAACUCCUCUCCUGGUUCUUAUGGGGUCAGUAGAAAUCUUCUUGGGGAGCCCAGUCCCAGUCCCCCUCUACCAUCUGGGAACAGAAUUAGCCCAGCAGUGCUUUUCAUUAUAGUGAUAUUAGCAGUCCUAUUUUUCAUUUCUGGUUUACUUCACUUGCUUAUUAGGUUUCUUGUCAAGAAUCCAUCUAAUUCACCCCAGUCCAAUAGAAAUCCAGAAAUCUCUGAUGCCCUUCAGAGACAGUUGCAACAGCUCUUUAAUCAGCAUGACACUGGUCUGGAUCAAGCGUUUAUCGACGCUUUGCCUGUUUUCAUGUACAGAGAAAUUGUGGGUUCAAAAGAGGUAGAGCCCCUUGAUUGUGCUGUUUGUUUGAGUGAAUUUUUGGAGACCCACAAGUUGAGAUUGCUUCCCAUGUGUGGCCAUGCUUUCCAUAUUAAUUGCAUUGAUACUUGGCUCUUGUCCAACUCAACUUGCCCCCUCUGCAGAGGAGCCCUUUUCAACCCCGGGUUUUCCACUGCCAAUCCCAUGUUUGGCUUUGGUGAGCUAACCGAAGAGGAUGGAUAUCCUCGUGACGGAGAUAAUGGGAUUUCCGCUGACCAGAAAACAAUUGAUUUGCGGGAGGAGAUUGUGGUAGAAAAAGGGACUUUUCCUGUGAGACUUGGCAAGUUCUGUAAAUUGAACAAUGUGUCGAGUGAGGGAGAAGGAGAAGGAGAGACUAGCAGUAGUAACUUGGAUUGUAGACGAUGCUACUCGAUGGGCUCUUAUCGAUAUGUUGUUGGUGACACAAAUCUCCGGGUUGCAUUGCCCUUGAACAGCCAAAGAAAUGGUGAUAAUAUAAAGCUUGUGAAAUCAAGAGAUCAAGACCCUUGUUGCUCACUUGAAGCAGAUGGGGAGGGGAAAAGAUUAAGUAUUGGAACAAAAACUGAUAGCUAUUCUGUUUCAAAGAUUUGGCUGUGGUCGAAGAAGGGGAAGUUUGCUAGCUCUUCUAACUCCCUAGUGGAAAAUCCUCCUACCAUUGAUGUGGAUUUACCAUGGAUGAAGAGAAGAGUUGGCUGAGUAAAAAGGAUAGUCUGAUAUGUAUUUUGCUUGUUUAUCCUGUUAUCCAUCAACAGAAACUGUUGAAAUGCUUUUUGUAGAAAGUAAAAUAGUGAUCUUAAUCCUCAAUUCUUUUCUUUGUUAUUGCUUGGCAGGUGUUCUAAGAAACUGAUGUCUUGAAUCCUGAGCUCUUAGAGUCUACUUUAUUCAUAGAGUAAUACGAGCUGGGUCCUCUGAGUAUAGUUACACCA